AUGAUCGAGAGCCAGGAGGCGGCUAGCCACCAGAUCCCAGACGGCCCCUCCGGACCCCCGGCUCUAGCUGCAGCCCUGGAGUCCCACCACCACAGCAACGGUCCCAGCUUUGGAGUGAGCGGAACAAGACUCCCUAUUCUCCUGAGGGUCCCCUUCAUACAGAGAGCACAGCAACCCAGGCAGACGGACUACCCUCAGACAAGGAACUCUAAGAGCACGGACCUGGUGGCUGAUGAGAGCAACAUGAGAUCCCUGGCAGAGCAGAGACCAGCGGCCUCAUCCAGGGGGAGUGACCUGGGUCCCACCUUGGUCCUUUGGAAGUCCUGCUCCUUGGAAAGCCUCCAGUCGGCCAUGUCGGAGGCCCGGCAGCUGAGCCAGGUGCCCUACCACCGUCCCAGGCCUCACACGGUGCGCCAGAGCUUCCGUGCCACCAUCGACAAGUCCUACGACGGGCCCUCGGAGCCGGAGGACGGUGACCUGUCAGAGCAGGGCUCCGGCCGAGACACGCCCGUCAGUGGCUCAUCCCGCCAGGACCAGAUCGAAUCAGGGGCAGGGAAGAAGAAGACCAAAGGGAAGAAAAAGAAAGAGAAGAAAAGCAAAGAAAAAGUGAAGAAAACUGCGAAUUCUGAGGACCAGGAGAAGGCCAAGAAGAAAGGAUUCGGCCUCUUAAGUGAGCGUGACCAGAAGCUCAGGAGAGAGCUCCAGCAGGCCCGUGCUGCGCCUGCUUACGAAGAGCUAGGGGUCAGCCGCCGCAGAGCCCUCGACUACGACCCACCACGAAUGGCCGUGAGAGGACCUGAUACCCGCCCGGGACCCUGCUAUGAGGACAAGGAGCGACAGUACGCAGCCCACUCCAGGAGCGCGGAUCCGAAUGACUACCCCACCCAGUCUAGGACAGCACCCGGUUACUCCGGCCGAGGCAACUACUACCCCCCUAAAGAGGCCCAGCCCCGCCCCUCCAGCCAGCCCCCUGGGCCACUACAGGUGGACCCCAGGUAUUACCCAUCCUCGCCCCAACGGGCUGACCAGCACCAGGAUGUGCCCCCCCCACCAGGCACCCGUGCCCCCCGCUACGAGACAGUGGGCAGGGACGGUUACCGUGAUGCCAGCCCUGAGCGCUACGGCGGCGGCUACAGGGACGGCAGGCAGCCAGACCCAGGCCAGAAGAACAGCAUGAUCGGAGUGGUGUAGGUGCCAUAGCUAGAAGGACUCAGACUGGUAUUGCAGAAUUCUGUUAACUUUCCCCAGAUUUUCCGGGAAGAUCCCAGUUGGAAGAUUCCCUGGUUUCUGCCAUAUUUCUUCUUGAUUCCUGGAAUCUUCCAAGCAGGAUUUUUGGAAAACCUUGGAAUUUUGGAAAGAUUACUGAUUACUCCAACCCUAAAUCAGACCCACUCAUUGCUUCUCUACAGCCCCCUGUCUGAAAACAUCCUCGCCCCCCUACCUCAUUUGGUGUCUGCAAAUCUGAAGGAAUCAGAGUGGUGUAAAUAAUACGGCUCCAACUAGACGUCCAAUGGGCGUGAGCCAUACUGCUUACACCUAUCCAGGUCUUUGAGAUCUACAAACAUCAGCAGUAGGGGAAGGGUUUGCGUCCCAAAUGGCACUUUAUUCCCUUUCUAGUGCACUUCUUUUGACCAGGUCAAAAGUAGUGCACUAUGUAGGGAAUAAGGUGCCAUUUGGAAGGGGUGGUUUAUGGACCAGGCCAUCAUCAGAACACUCCUCUCAGCUGCUGACAUGUUUUAGAAGCAGUAAAGUUCUGUAUGUGUACAGUAUGUAUAGAGACAUGUUUAGAAAUGUGUGUUUCUUUAUGCAUGUGUGGGGAUGUAAAUGAUUUAUUUUAGAUUCACAGGCGUCCAGAAUGACUGGAGGUAGACAUGAUUUACAGAUUGGAAAGAGACUUUUAAUUGAAUACCAGCCAAACUCUUGCAGGGUUGCUGGCUUGCACAAACUUUUUGAAACAAGCUUAAAAACAGGCCCCUCCCCUUCUGGAACAACAGUGAGAGGCCAGGGAUGGUGAAGUUAGGGUUUCGACUCAAAAGGCACCCUAUUCCCGAGAUAACGGAAGACAACUGGACAAGAAGUUGACACUGGACAGGAUCCUAAGAAACAAGGUCGGAGGAACAGGAAGUAGGGAACAGGAAAUGAAGUCCACAUCAAAGCAUUUUUGCCCGCCUGCCGUGUCCCUUCCAUCCGCCUUUUUAGAUGUGGGUGUCUUUUGAAAGUGUUUUGUUUUGGUUGUGGCCUUCCACAAAUUCCAUUAACAGUUUUUUGCCUAUAACAAAUUUCUGCUGCCCAUAAUGUGUGUUGUGUUUAUGAUUUAAACGGCUGUGUCAAAUUUAGGUUAUGUUAUCAUAAAGACACUGUUGAAAAAAUGUAAAUGUAUGCUCUGUGUUGACUAACUAUAUUUAUUCAUCACAUGGCCUGUGUUCCGAAUGGCACCCUAUUCCCUAUAUACUUUUGAGCAGGACCCUAAUGGGCUGUGUCCAUAGCCUUAUGAACCCUGGUCAGAAGUAGUGCACCACAUAGGGAACACGGUGCCAUUUGGGGCACAAAAACAGUCUCCCAGUGAUAAAGGCCUAAGAGAGACACUUAAACAUGUUACUCAUAUGCACCGGGAUUAUUGUCCUUUCUCGCCAUUGAUCUCAUUUCAAGGCAGUUAACCCACUGUUCCUAGGCCGUCAUUGAAAAUAAGAAUUUGUUCUUAACUGACUUGCCUAGUAAAAUAAAUUAAAUAAAUGUCCCUUGUGUGAUGGUAAAGAAUCACAACGCUGACCAUAUCAUGUCAUAUUGUACGUUGAUGACGAUACAUUUUAACCUUUGUUUGUAAAUGCAUGUUUUUAUAUUAUGCCGUGCAUGAAAUAGACAUUGUAAAUGAUCAUAUACAAUAUGCCAAGAUGAAUUAAUUUAUUGUUCACCAAUUUAGCUGUCUCAUUUUACAGGAUGAUGAAAUUGCAAAGUUAUGCAAAUUGUCCUGAUUAUGAGUCACCAACAUGAUGACUCAUCUCACCCAAAUGAUUCAUUAAGAUUUUCAACCCAGUUUAGCUUUCCCAUUUGAGAUAAAUUAGCCCUCUACGAUAACAGAGAGGCCCAGGCUGCUUCCCAAAUGGCACCCUAUUCCCUACAUAGUGCCAUACUUUUGACCAGGGCCCAUUGGACCAGCUCAUAGGGCUCUAGUCAAAGUAUUGCACUAUUUAGGGAAUAGGGUGCCAUUUGGGACGUAGACCCAGUCUUACUGCUGAUAAAGACUGAAUCACCCUCAACAAUUAAGACUGAGGAGAUCUCUGUGCUGAAGUGAUUACCUCCCAAUUUGCUCCCACGGAAAAGGAAGAUCUGGCUGAUUGGUGGAAUUAGAGGUUGAAAUUAGGAUAAUUAGAAUCUGUUGAGAGCUCAUUUUAUCAGUUAGUGUUUAAUUACCGCUGAGGCCAGUCAGUGUGUUUCAGAUUUAAUUCCAAAUGGCACCCUAUUUCCCACAUAGUGCAUUGCUUUUGACCAGGGCCAGUAGGGCAUAUUGGGGCCGAUUCUAACCUGAGUUAAGCGUGCGUAAAUGGAACGUAAUUCCCUUUAAUGCACUCUCUAUGCGCAUUCUGACCUUGAACUUAAGCAUGAGAAUAGCAUGCUGUUCACACGUUAUUCAUUUUGGGUGGAGAUCUAAGAAAUAAAGGUGUGUUUGAGGUGUGUCUACAGAUGUAUUCUGACCUUGAUGCACGAGGAAACCAUGAAUAACAUAUGUAUUGUGGCCCAUUUUCCUCAGUGAAGUAGGCUAUAAAUAGCUACGCAGUUAUUCAAAAAUUGUAUUGUGUGCCCUCAUAAUGUGUGUAUGCAAUUUGGAUUACCAAACUAUAGGUUUAUGUAGGGCUGAAUCGAUGUAUGCGCUUUAAAAUGUUUUAAUUAUAUAAGCUUUUCACCAUUUUAUUUUACAAUUUGUAUCAUGUUAAAUAUUAGCCACUAUC